AUGUUAAAUGUUCAAAGUUCUACAAAGAUUAUAGACAUUCCAAAGAAACUUGAAACAGAUUUUAGUACAUGUAAUCCUCAAAACUCUGUUAAUAGUAUUUCAUCAAUUACUCGAUGCCGUCCGAAUAUUCUUAUGUGCGGCACACCAGGUACGGGCAAAACAACACACGCAUUGCGACUAUGUAGACUUUAUGACUUGCAUCACCUAUCAGUCGGGGAUAUUGUUAAAAAAAGUGGAUGUCAUAAAGGUAAAGAUGCAACUUGGGAUGCGUAUAUUGUGGAUGAAGUAAAACUCUUGAAAUAUUUGGAGAAAGAUAUACAACAAGGUGGAGUGGUAGUUGAUUGGCAUACGUGCAAUGUUUUUCCUGUACAUUGGGUGGAUCUGGUUGUAGUAUUACGUACACAACAUACACUACUUUGGGAUCGGCUAGUUGAAAGGAAAUAUACUCUCCGGAAAAUACAAGAAAACAAUGAAGCAGAAAUCAUGCAAAUUGUAUUAGACGAAGCAAUAACAUCAUUUGGAUCUGAACGAGUAAUGGAGCUAACGAGUGAUGUAUUGGAACAAGUGAAUGACAAUGUAAUGAAAAUAGGUGAAUGGAUUCAACAGUGGCAACAAGGUGAUAAGUCAAGAAAAAAAUGA